CUAUCCCUUACUGUUCAGGUCCAUGCUAUCCCUUACUGUUCAGAUCCACGCUAUCCCUUACUGUUCAGGUCCAUGCUAUCCCUUACUGUUCAGGUCCACGCUAUCCCUUACUGUUCAUGUCCAUGCUAUCCCUUACUGUUCAGAUCCACGCUAUCCCUUACUGUUCAGGUCCACGGACUACAAUAAAUGAGUGAUGUAUUUGUUUGUUUUUUAGAGAACACAUUUGCUUCUGAGGAUUUAUCCAAAUGGCAAACCUUUCAUCACGUUAUAUCCGGAUGGAACAGGUAAUGUGUUGUAUCUUUUUAUUAAAGGGACUCAGGCACCAGGCUUGUCUACAAUUGUACAAUAGUUUUGCAAUAAGUUCCUUAGUGGAAACAAAGCUAUCCAUCUGGGAAUGUUGCUAUCAUAAUCUCCUCUGUGGAGGCUGCUGACUUCAUCUAUAUAAUCAUGGAGGACAAGGACUUUGAGCCAAACCUUGAGGCCAUGUUUACAACCAGAGGCCAGUCUACAUGCUACCACCCCAAUGGACUUAUAUGGGUGAACCUGACCCAGUUGGGAGGAUCCUGCUGCAGUGAGACCGGGGCUCUGAGACGACGCUGGAACUGGCUAGACCUUGAGCACCACAUCCAAGCCCCUCCCUUCCAGCCCAUCUGUCUGGUCAUUGGUAGCCACAUCAGCCUCCGUAUCCAGUCCCAGGAACGCAUCUACCUCACCUUCUCAUCUCGCCAAAGCAGAGCGCGCUUCAACGUGGGCUCCAAACUCAAGCGAACCCACACAGAAGACCUAGUGUUGCCGGGGCCAAACAUCCUGCAGCAACAUCUCCAAAUGAAAAGCCUGGAGAUUUACUCUCUGCUGGACAGGAUGCGGACAUGCAUGGCCUACCAGCAUUCGGCCAAUCCCCACAACAUUAAGCCCCAUUACAGCCUCAUUGCCCAGAUGCAGAGACUCAAGAGGCAGAUGGAAAAACAGAGCUCGCCCAAAAAUACCAAAGCUCUCAUGGCUUCUAAGGACUUUUAACAACUGACAACUCAAAGCCUGUGUUGUUGUAGUAUAAAUCUCGUUGCUAUGAAACCAAGGCAUUUAGUAUUUUUUCUAAUUAGAAAGAAAUACAGUUGCCAUCAGUAGCUGUGCAAACAUUUUAGAAAAAAGACGGGUCAUGUUUCUUGUCAGAUACAUUUCGAAUAGAUUUAAUGUUUGGCCCAUUGUGUAAAUGAAGAAAUUAGUCAGCGGUCUAAUCACAAGUAGGCCUAGAAGAUUCAGUUCAGGUCCCAACAACCCUUGAACUCACAGUUGAAAACGUGCAUUGGUUACAGCAGCCGUUUAAUGGCGCUGAUCGGCUGUACAGCAGCCGGGCAACUUGGAGGAAUAUGUGGAGUAAUGCAGUCAAAUGGACUCGGAGCCCGGGAGAAUCAAGGAAAUCUGCAAACAGGAUAAUAAUGUUAGGACUACUAGUUUUAUACUAACUCGGUGCAGGUAUAUUCCGUUGAGAUAGCUAAUAAACUCAGAAUCUUCAAUACAAAUAGGCCAUGGUACACAGAACCUUAUUACUCACCUGUGCAGUAGCCUACAGGUAAAACGAUUGACCGUGACAUUUCUGAACAGUCUCUUCAGAGGAGCUGUACCUGCGAUUUAUGCCCACCGCAUUUACAUUAUGUAAAUGCAUAUCUGGUUUUUGCAGAUUUUUCUUUUUUUUUUUUUUCAGUAGAAGGAAAAUAAUACAUUGCAAUGGAUUUUCUUGUCAGUGGCAUAAUGUUGACUUAUCUGAAU